AUGACGGAAUCGAGUUGUGGGUGGUCGAUUUGGUAUGGAAACAUAUGGAAUCGUCUUAUAAUCGGCGGAUUCAGGUGGAUUCACAUCUGGGCUUCGGAGAAUUUGGUUGAGAAUCGGCCAAAUCCGCCUCGAUCUUUAUGCAUGGUGCUUCACAUGGACAUGAAUGACUACUGUGGUGGAGAGUCAACAUCGCUUAAUCUCAAUCAGCUUUGGAAGAAGUUCAAGGGAGAAGAGAAGUCUCCUGAACAUUUAGGCACUAGUCGGGAUUACAAUGUUGACAUGAUGCCUAAGUUUAUGAUGGGAAAUGGCAAGCUUGUUCGUGUUCUUAUUCAUACAGAUGUUACAAAGUAUUUGUCCUUUAAAGCAGUUGAUGGAAGCUAUGUUUUCGUCAAAGGAAAGGAAUGGAUUCUCGUUGAAGGUGUUGCUAAGUCUCUCUCCCUUUCUCACUGA